UCACCUGCACGGACACUACCGUAUGAUUUUCACCCAACCAUCUGACAGGCUGUCAUCGAGCGGACAGAAACAUAAAGUUUGUCUAUCAAGCGUGAACCAUGCCGGGGAUACUACUUGGGGACAUAUUUCCUAAUUUUGAAGCAGAAACUACAGUUGGUACAAUAAAUCUGCAUGACUUUUUGGGAGAUCAAUGGGGCAUCUUGUUCUCGCAUCCUCGAGACUACACUCCAGUGUGUACGACAGAGCUCGGUCGUGCGGCGAAACUGAGUGAAGAGUUCCAUAAGAGGGGUGUCAAAAUGAUGGCUUUAUCUGUGGACAGAGUGGACGACCACCAUGCGUGGAUAAAGGACAUCAUAGCUUACAAUAAGGAAGACCCAGGGUACACAUUACCUUACCCCAUCAUAGCUGACCCAAAUCGGGACUUGGCGCUGGCCCUGGGCAUGCUGGAUCCAGACAUGAAAGAUGAGGCUGGUAUGCCUCUCACUGCCAGAUGUGUAUUCAUCAUUGGACCUGACAAGAGGCUAAAGCUGUCUAUUCUGUAUCCGGCCUCAACAGGCCGCAACUUCACAGAAAUCCUCAGGGUUAUAGAUUCUCUGCAGCUGACAGCCAGAAAACAGGUCGCUACACCAGUGGACUGGAAGCCUGGUGACCAUGUUAUGGUUCCACCGAGUGUUUCUGAGGAGGAUGCCAAGGAUCUUUUCCCAGCUGGAGUGUGCACACAAAAUCUUCCAUCAGGGAAAAACUACUUGCGGUAUACGCCACAGCCCUGACAAAACAGCUCGGAGAGCACAACUUACCUCAAAACCAAAGAACUACAAGGUUUGCCACUCAUGGGAGAUUCUGAGAAGAGAUGACUUGAGAGCACAACUCAGUUUUAACCAUACAGGAAUCUGAAAUGACCUGACGCCUCAAAGACAGAUGUCCACUUCAAGUCUACAGCUUCUCCCCUUUGUAGAAUUUGAAGAUACAGAAAAAAAGUUAUUUAACACUGUGCCUUUUCAAGUUCUGUGGCCUUCAAAUAAACACAAUAAUGUAAUAUUAUUGCUUAUAUGUGGGAAUGGUGAGUUGUGUUAAUGUUGAUUAUGCUGAACUGUAACCACUUGU